AGGGAGGGGGGGAGGGAGCACGAGCGCAAGCGCGACCGAGACAACCGUGACCGCGGGCGGCGCAGCGCUCGCGCCGAGAAGGAAGACCCUUCGGAGAGGAGCAGGAGCAGGAGCGGCAGCAGCAGUAGCAGCGGCGGCAGCAGUAGCCAGAGAAACGAGCCAGAGAGCCCUCGCCACCAACCCAAAGAUGCAGCGACGCCAUCGCACUCGGGCUGGGAGGAAGAAGAGAGCGGUUGCAGCGGUUCUCGCCGCUCCCAGUGGGAAUCUCCCUCCCCUGCUCCAUCCUACCGGGACUCCGAGCGAAGCCACCGAGGACCUGCUCCUCCUCGCGACAGUGAGAGGCGGGGGGACCGCGAACGGUCCGGGAGGAACAGAUGUCCUGAAGAGACUCCUUUGCCCACCCCUACUUACAAAUAUAACGAGUGGGCUGAUAACCAAAGGCGUUUGGGUGGACCACCGUGGCUCUCCAGAGGCAGGGGGAGAGGCGAGGAUGGCGAGGACAGCAUUGCAUUUGAAACGGAGGAGGAACGGCAGCAGUGGGAAGACGAUCAGCGGCAAGCUGACCGGGACUGGUACAUGAUGGAUGAGGGCUACGAUGAGUUCCACAACCCCCUGGCUGCGUCCUCAGAGGAAUACGUGAGGAAGCGAGAGCAGCACUUGCAGAAGCAAAGGCAGAAGCGCAUCUCGGCUCAGCGCAGGCAGAUCAAUGAGGAUAAUGAGCGCUGGGAGACCAACCGCAUGCUGACAAGUGGUGUGGUACACCGGCUGGAGGUGGAGGAGGACUUUGAGGAGGAUAAUGCUGCCAGAGUACACCUUCUGGUGCACAACUUGGUGCCUCCUUUCCUUGAUGGACGCAUUGUUUUCACCAAGCAGCCUGAGCCUGUUGUCCCUGUCAAAGACGCCACCUCUGACUUGGCUAUCAUUGCCCGGAAGGGCAGCCUGUUGGUGCGGAAGCACCGGGAGCAAAAAGAGCGUAAAAAGGCCCAGCACAGGCACUGGGAGCUGGCAGGUACGAAGCUUGGCAACAUAAUGGGCAUAAAGAAGGAGGAGGAGGAGGAAUCGGGGCAGGCCCUGGCCGAGGAUGGCACGGUGGAUUACAGGACAGAACAGAAGUUUGCUGGACACGUGAAAGAGAAGAGUGAGGCGAGCAGCGAGUUUGCCAAGAAGAAGUCAAUUGUGGAGCAGAGGCAGUACUUGCCCAUCUUCGCUGUUCAACAAGAGCUUUUGACAGUGAUCAGGGACAACAGCAUUGUGAUUGUGGUGGGAGAGACGGGCAGUGGCAAAACAACGCAGUUGACCCAGUACCUACACAAGGACGGCUACACGGACUACGGCAUGAUUGGCUGCACGCAGCCACGCCGAGUGGCAGCUAUGUCCGUGGCCAAGCGCGUUAGCGAGGAGAUGAGCGUGGCCCUCGGGGAGGAGGUGGGCUAUGCCAUCCGCUUUGAGGACUGCACUUCAGAGAGCACUGUGAUUAAGUACAUGACCGACGGGAUCUUGCUUCGCGAGUCUCUGCGUGAAGCUGACCUUGACCACUACAGUGCCAUCAUUAUGGAUGAGGCGCACGAACGCUCGCUCAACACAGAUGUGCUGUUUGGCCUCCUGCGAGAAGUGGUAGCCCGACGCUCGGAUCUGAAGUUGAUUGUCACCUCAGCCACCAUGGAUGCAGAGAAGUUUGCAGCUUUCUUUGGAAAUGUGCCCAUCUUCCAUAUCCCAGGUCGCACGUUUCCUGUUGAUGUUCUCUUUAGCAAGACUCCGCAAGAAGACUACGUGGAGGCAGCAGUGAAGCAGGCCUUGCAAGUUCAUCUCUCCAGUGCCCCUGGAGAUAUCCUUAUUUUCAUGCCGGGCCAGGAAGACAUUGAGGUGAGUCCUACUGCAGAAGUUUCUGAGGCCCUAGUCAACCUCUUAAUGCCCAUAUAUUCUCCUCACUUCACCCUGCAGGUCACAUCUGAGCAGAUUGUGGAACAUCUGGAAGAGUUGGAAAAUGCACCUGCUCUAGCUGUACUACCGAUCUACUCUCAGCUGCCUUCAGAUUUGCAGGCCAAGAUCUUCCAGAAGGCACCAGAUGGAGUCAGGAAAUGUAUCGUGGCCACCAAUAUCGCAGAGACUUCGUUGACAGUUGAUGGGAUCAUGUUUGUGAUCGACUCCGGGUAUUGCAAACUGAAGGUUUUCAACCCACGGAUUGGCAUGGAUGCCCUGCAAAUCUAUCCAAUCAGCCAGGCUAAUGCAAAUCAGCGUUCUGGCCGAGCUGGAAGAACAGGCCCAGGUCAGUGUUUCAGACUGUACACCCAGAGCGCCUACAAGAAUGAGCUCCUGACCACCACUGUCCCAGAGAUCCAGCGUACCAAUCUGGCCAAUGUGGUGCUGCUUCUCAAGUCUUUGGGGGUACAGGACCUGCUGCAGUUCCACUUUAUGGAUCCCCCUCCUGAAGACAACAUGCUCAACUCAAUGUACCAGCUAUGGAUUCUUGGGGCACUUGAUAACACAGGUGGUCUGACAUCAACCGGACGCCUGAUGGUGGAAUUUCCCCUUGAUCCUGCCCUCUCCAAGAUGCUGAUUGUUUCCUGUGACAUGGGCUGCAGCUCUGAGAUCCUGCUGAUUGUCUCCAUGCUCUCUGUCCCAGCCAUUUUCUACCGGCCAAAGGGCCGGGAGGAAGAAAGUGACCAGGUGCGAGAGAAGUUUGCUGUUCCAGAGAGCGACCACUUGACUUACCUGAACGUUUAUCUACAGUGGAAAAACAACAGCUAUUCGACACUCUGGUGCAAUGAGCACUUCAUCCAUGCAAAGGCUAUGCGCAAGGUGCGGGAGGUACGAGCACAGCUGAAGGACAUUAUGGUGCAGCAGCACAUGAGCUUGGCUUCCUGUGGCACUGACUGGGACGUGGUUCGCAAGUGCAUCUGCGCAGCUUAUUUCCACCAGGCUGCAAAACUGAAGGGCAUUGGGGAAUACGUCAACAUCCGGACGGGGAUGCGCUGUCACCUGCACCCCACCAGCUCGCUUUUUGGAAUGGGCUACACUCCUGACUACAUUGUCUACCAUGAACUGGUGAUGACCACCAAGGAGUACAUGCAGUGUGUCACAGCUGUGGAUGGUGAAUGGCUGGCUGAAUUGGGGCCCAUGUUCUACAGCAUCAAGCAUGCUGGCAAGUCUCGUCAGGAGAGCCGGCGGCGAGCCAAGGAGGAAGCAUCUGCCAUGGAAGAGGAGAUGGCUCUAGCUGAAGAGCAGCUCCGUGCCCGCAGAGAAGAGCAGGAGCGUUGUAACCCGGUGGGCAGUGUCAGGUCCACAAAGAUCUACACGCCAGGGCGCAAGGAGCAGGGCCAGCUGGCCACGCCUCGCCACACGCCAGCUCGCUUUGGUCUGUAGUCGCUGCCAUCUCUGCGUUGUACAUAGCUUCCUGCUGGGCUAAGUUGGCAGGGCCCUUCUUCAGCUGAGAUCAAGAUAUAAUUUUAUUGUUUAUAUAAACAUUGUUGCUCCUGGA